AUGCUGUUGCUUUCUAGUCGUAUGACGCAACGAUUUCUGCGUAUCUACGCAGCGUACUCUUUUCUUUUUCUUUGUCUCCUUCAUUUUCUUUUUUUCUCUUUUUCUUUUCUUCUUGUUUUUCUUAUCCAUUUUCUUUUUCUUUUCUUUCUCUUUUCUUUUUCUCUGUCUCCUUCAUUUUCUUUUUCUUCUCUUUCUCUUUUAUUCUUUCUUUGUCUCCUUCAUUUUCUUUUUCUUCUCUUUCUCUUUUAUUCUUUCUUUGUCUCCUUCAUUUUCUUUUUCUUCUCUUUCUCUUUUACUUUUUCUUUGUCUCCUUCAUUUUCUUUUUCUUCUCUUUCUCUUUUAAACUUUCUUUGUCUCCUUCAUUUUCUUUUUCUUCUCUUUCUCUUUUACUCUUUCUUUGUCUCCUUCAUUUUCUUUUUCUUUUCUUUCUCUUUUCUUUUUCUCUGUCUCCUUCAUUUUCCUUUUCUUCUCUUUCUCUUUUCUUUUUCUUUGUCUCCUUCAUUUUCUUUUUCUUCUCUUUCUCUUUUACUUUUUCUUUGUCUCCUUCAUUUUCUUUUUCUUCUCUUUCUCUUUUCUUUUUUUCUGUCUCCUUCAUUUUCUUUUUCUUCUCUUUCUUUUUUACUCUUUCUUUGUCUCCUUCAUUUUCUUUUUCUUCUCUUUCUCUAUUACUUUUUCUUUGUCUCCUUCAUUUUCUUUUUCUUCUCUUUUUCUUUUACUCUUUCUUUGUCUCCUUCAUUUUCUUUUUCUUCUCUUUCUCUUUUACUCUUUCUUUGUCUCCUUCAUUUUCUUUUUCUUCUCUUUCUCUUUUACUCUUUCUUUGUCUCCUUCAUUUUCUUUUUCUUCUCUUUCUCUUUUACUCUUUCUUUGUCUCCUUCAUUUUCUUUUUCUUUUCUUUCUCUUUUCUUUUUCUCUGUCUCCUUCAUUUUCUUUUUCUUCUCUUUUCUCUUUCACACUUUCUUUUGUCUCCUUCAUUUUUUUUUUUCUUCUCUUUCUCUUUUUACUCUUUCUUUUGUCUCCUUCAUUUUCUUUUUUUUUUCUUUCUCUUUUACUCUUUCUUUGUCUCCUUCAUUUUCUUUUUCUUCUCUUUCUCUUUUACUCUUUCUUUGUCUCCUUCAUUUUCUUUUUCUUUUCUUUCUCUUUUCUUUUUCUCUGUCUCCUUCAUUUUCUUUUUCUUCUCUUUCACUUUUACUUUUUCUUUGUCUCCUUCAUUUUCUUUUUCUUCUCUUUCUCUAUUACUUUUUCUUUGUCUCCUUCAUUUUCUUUUUCUUCUCUUUCUCUUUUACUCUUUCUUUGUCUCCUUCAUUUUCUUUUUCUUCUCUUUCUCUUUUACUUUUUCUUUUGUCUUCUUUUCUUUUUUCUUUUUCUUUUUUUUCUUCUCUUUCUUUUUUUUUGUCUCCUUCAUUUUUUUUUUUCUUCUCUUUCUCUAUUACUUUUUCUUUGUCUCCUUCAUUUUCUUUUUCUUCUCUUUCUCUUUUACUUUUUCUUUGUCUCCUCCUUUUCUUUUUUCUUUUCUUCUUUUUUUUUACUCUUUCUUUGUAUCCUUCAUUUUCUUUUUCUUCUCUUUUCUUUUUUACUCUUUCUUUGUCUCCUUCAUUUUUUUUUUCUUCUCUUUCUCUUUUACUUUUUCUUUGUCUCCUUCAUUUUUUUUUCUUUUCUCUUUUACUCUUUUUCUUUUUCUUUUUUCUUUUGUCUUUUACUCAUUUUCUUUUUUUUUUUUUUUCUUUCUCUUUUUACUUUUCUUUGUCUCCUUCAUUUUCUUUUCUUCUUCUUUUACUUUUUUGUCUCCUUCUUUUCUUUUUUACUUCUCUUUCUCUUUUCUUUUUCUUUCUUUUUUUCUUUUUCUUUUUUCUUUUUUUUCUUUUCUGUCUCCUUCAUUUUCUUUUUUCUUCUCUUUCUCUUUUUUUUUUCUUUGUCUCCUUCAUUUUCUUUUUCUUCUCUUUUUUUCUUUUCUUUUUUCUGUCUCCUUCAUUUCUUUUUCUUUUCUUUCUUCUUUUCUUUUGUCUUUUUUUCUUUUUUUUUUUUUCUCCUUCAUUUCUUUUUUUUUUUUUUUUCUCUUUUUUUUUCUCUUUGUCUCCUUCAUUUUCUUUUUCUUCUCUUUUCUCUUUUAUUUUUUCUUUUUCUCCUUCAUUUUCUUUUCUUCUUUUUUACUUUUUUUACUCUUUCUUUGUCUCCUUCAUUUCUUUUUUUUCUCUUUCUCUUUUUUUCUUUUCUUUGUCCCUUCAUUUCUUUUUUUUUUCUUCUUUCUUUUCUUUUUCUUUCUCCUUCAUUUCUUUUUGUCUCUUUCAUUUUUCUUUUUCUUCUUUUCUUUUUUCUCUUUCUAUUCUUUUCUUUGUCUCCUUCAUUUUCUUUUUCUUUUCUUUCUUUCUUUUACUUUUCUUUGUCUCCUUCAUUUUCUUUUUUCUUCUCUUUUUUUUACUUUUUUUUUGUCUCCUUCAUUUUCUUUUUCUUCUCUUUCUUCUUUUCGUUUUUUCUUUGUCUCCUUCAUUUUCUUUUUCUUCUCUUUUCUUUACUUUUCUUUGUCUCCUUUUUCUUUUCUUCUUUUUCUUUUUUUCUUUUUCUUUGUCUCCUUUUUUUUUUUUUUCUCCUUCAUUUUACUUUUUUUUUCUCCUUUUUUCUUUUUUUCUUUCUUUUUACUCCUUUUGUUAUCUUUUUUUCUUUUUUUUUCUCUUUUUUCUUUUCUUUGUCUCCUCCAUUUUCUUUUUUUUCUCUUUCUUUUUACUUUUCUUUGUCUCCUUCAUUUUCUUUUUUUCUUCUCUUUCUCUUUUUUUACUUUCUUUUGUCUCCUUCAUUUUCUUUUUUCUUCUUUCUCUUUUACUUUUUCUUUUGUCUCCUUCAUUUUCUUUUUCUUUUUCUCUUUUUACUUUUCUUUGUCUCCUUCAUUUUCUUUUUUUUCUUCUUUCUCUUUUACUCUUUCUUUGUCUCCUUCAUUUUCUUUUUUCUCUUUCUCUUUUACUCUUUCUUUGUCUCCUUCAUUUUCUUUUUUUCUCUUUCUCUUUUACUCUUUCUUUUGUCUCCUUCAUUUUCUUUUCUUCUCUUUUCUUUUUUUACUCUUUCUUUGUCCCUUCUUUUUUUUUUUUUUUCUUUUUCUUUUUUUUUUUCUUUUCUUUUAUCUCCUUCAUUUUUUUUUCUUCUCUUCCUUUUUUUCUUUCUUUGUCUCCUUCAUUUUCUUUUUUCUUCUCUUUCUCUUUUCUUUCUUUGUCUCCUUCAUUUUCUUUUCUUCUCUUUCUCUUUUACUCUUUCUUUGUCUCCUUCAUUUUUUUUUUCUUCUCUUUCUUCUUUUAUUCUUUCUUUGUCUCCUUCAUUUUCUUUUUUCUCUUUCUUUUUUACUCUUUCUUUGUCUCCUUCAUUUUCUUUUUUUCUCUUUCUCUUUUACUCUUUUCUUUUGUCUCCUUCAUUUUUUCUUUUCUUCUUUUCUUUAAUUUAUUCUUUCUUUGUCUCCUUCAUUUUUCUUUUUUUUCUCUCUUUCUCUUUUUCUCUUUCUUUGUCUCCUUCAUUUUCUUUUUUUUCUUCUUUUCUCUUUUACUUUUUUUUGUCUCCUUCAUUUUCUUUUUCUUCUCUUUCUCUUUUAUUCUUUCUUUGUCUCCUUCAUUUUCUUUUUUUUCUCUUUCUUUUUACUCUUUCUUUUGUCUCCUUCAUUUUUUUUUUCUUCUCUUUCUUUUAUUUUUCUUUUGUCUCCUUCAUUUUCUUUUUUUUCUCUUUCUCUUUUUUCGUUUCUUUGUCUCCUUCAUUUUCUUUUUUUUUUCUUUUUUUUACUCUUUCUUUGUCUCCUUCAUUUUUCUUUUUUUCUCUUUCUUUUUAUUUUUUCUUUGUCUCCUUCAUUUUUUUUUUUCUUCUCUUUCUCUUUUACUCUUUCUUUGUCUCCUUCAUUUUCUUUUUUUCUCUUUCUCUUUUACUUUUUCUUUUUGUCCUUCAUUUUCUUUUUUUCUUCUCUUUCUCUUUUUACUUUUCUUUGUCUCCUUCAUUUUCUUUUUUUCUCUUUCUUUCUUUUACUUUUUUUUGUCUCCUUCAUUUUCUUUUUCUUCUCUUUCUCUUUUACUUUUCUUUGUCUCCUUCAUUUUUUUUUUUCUUCUCUUUCUCUUUUACUCUUUCUUUGUCUCCUUCAUUUUCUUUUCUUCUCUUUCUCUUUUUACUUUUCUUUGUCUCCUUCAUUUUCUUUUCUUCUCUUUCUCUUUUUACUUUUUCUUUGUCUCCUUCAUUUUCUUUUCUUCUCUUUCUUUUUACUUUUUCUUUGUCUCCUUCAUUUUCUUUUUUUCUCUUUCUUUUUACUCUUUCUUUGUCUCCUUUUUUUUUUUCUUUCUUCUCUUUUUUUUUUCUUUGUCCCCUUUUUUUCUUUUUCUUCUUUUUUUUACUUUUCUUUGUCUCCUUCAUUUUCUUUUUUUUCUCUUUCUUUUUACUUUUUUUUUUGUCUCCUUCAUUUUCUUUUUUUUUCUCUUUCUCUUUUACUUUUUUCUUUUGUCUCCUUCAUUUUCUUUUUUUCUUCUCUUUCUCUUUUUACUCUUUUCUUUGUCUCCUUCAUUUCUUUUUCUUCUCUUUCUUUUUUAUUCUUUUCUUUGUCUCCUUCAUUUUUCUUUUUUUCUCUUUCUUCUUUUCUUUUUUUGUCUCCUUCAUUUUCUUUUUUCUCUCUUUCUUUUUUACUUUUUCUUUGUCUCCUUCAUUUUUUUUUCUUCUUUUCUUUUUAUUCUUUCUUUGUCUCCUUCAUUUUCUUUUUUUCUCUUUCUUUUUACUUUUCUUUGUCUUUUCCUUUUUUUUCUUUUUUUUUCUUUUUUUUUCUUUGUCUCCUUCAUUUUCUUUUUCUUUUCUUUCUCUUUUACUUUUCUUUUUCUCCUUUUUUUUUUUUCAUUUUUUUUUCUUUUCUUUUGUUUCUUCUUUUUCUUUUUUUUCUGUUUCCUUUAUUUUUUUUUUUUCUUCUCUUUCUUUUUUUCUCUUUCUUUGUCUCCUUUGUUUUCUUUUUUUCUUUUCUUUCUCUUUUACUCUUUCUUUGUCUCCUUCAUUUUCUUUUUCUUCUCUUUCUCUUUUCUUUUUUUCUGUCUCCUUCAUUUUCUUUUUCUUCUCUUUCUUUUUUACUCUUUCUUUGUCUCCUUCAUUUCUUUUUCUUCUCUUUCUCUUUUAUUCUUUUCUUUGUCUCCUUCAUUUUCUUUUUCUUCUCUUUUCUUUUACUCUUUCUUUGUCUCCUUCAUUUUCUUUUCUUCUCUUUCUCUUUUACUCUUUUCUUUGUCUCCUUCAUUUUCUUUUUUUUCUUUUUCUUUUACUCUUUCUUUGUCUCCUUCAUUUUCUUUUUCUUCUCUUUUCUCUUUUAUUCUUUUCUUUUGUCUCCUUCAUUUUCUUUUUUCUUCUCUUUCUCUUUUACUUUUCUUUUGUCUCCUUCAUUUUCUUUUUUUUCUCUUUCUCUUUUACUCUUUCUUUGUCUCCUUCAUUUUCUUUUUUCUUCUCUUUCUCUUUUUAUUCUUUCUUUGUCUCCUUCAUUUUCUUUUUUUCUUCUCUUUCUUUUACUCUUUCUUUUUCUCCUUCAUUUUCUUUUUUCUUCUCUUUCUUUUUUUCUUUUUUUUGUCCCCUUCAUUUUCUUUUUUUUCUCUUUCUUUUACUCUUUCUUUAUCUCCUUCAUUUUCUUUUCUUCUCUUUUCUUUUUUUUACUCUUUCUUUGUCUCCUUCAUUUUUUUUUUCUUCUCUUUCUUUUUAUUCUUUCUUUGUCUCCUUCAUUUUCUUUUUUCUUCUUUUCUUUUUUUUGUCUCUCUUUCUUUGUCUCCUUCAUUUUUCUUUUUCUUCUUCUUUCUUUUUAUUCUUUCUUUUUACUCCUUCAUUUUUUUUUUCUUCUCUUUCUUUUUACUCUUUCUUUGUCUCCUUCAUUUUCUUUUUUUUCUUCUCUUUCUUUUUUACUCUUUCUUUGUCUCCUUCAUUUUCUUUUUUCUUCUCUUUCUCUUUUCUUUUUUUUUGUCUCCUUCAUUUUCUUUUUUCUUCUUUUCUCUUUUACUUUUUCUUUGUCUCCUUCAUUUUCUUUUCUUCUUUUCUUUCUCUUUUUUUAUUCUUUCUUUGUCUCCUUUCAUUUCUUUUCUUUUUCUUUCUCUUUUUUUUUCUUUCUUUGUUGUCCUUCAUUUUCUUUUUUUUUCUCUUUCUUUUUUUACUCUUUCUUUGUCUCCUUCAUUUUCUUUUUUCUUCUCUUUCUCUUUUCUUUUUCUCUGUCUCCUUCAUUUUUUUUUUUUCUUUUCUCUUUUAGUCUUUCUUUGUCCCCUUCAUUUUCUUUUUUUUUCUCUUUCUCUUUUUUACUCUUUCUUUGUCUCCUUCAUUUUCUUUUUUUUUUCUUUCUUUUUUCUUUUCUCUGUCUCCUUCAUUUUCUUUUUUUUUCUUUCUCUUUUUUCUUUCUUUGUCUCCUUCUUUUUUUUUUUCUUCUCUUCUUCUUUUUUACUCUUUCUUUGUCUCCUUCAUUUUCUUUUUUUCUCUUUCUCUUUUUUACUCUUUCUUUGUCUCCUUCAUUUUCUUUUUCUUUUCUUUCUCUUUUCUUUUCUCUCUGUCUCCUUCAUUUUCUUUUCUUCUCUUUCUCUUUUACUUUUUCUUUUGUCUCCUUCAUUUUUUUUUUUUUUUCUCUUUCUCUUUUUACUCUUUCUUUGUCUCCUUCAUUUUCUUUUUUUUUCUCUUUUCUAUUUUACUCUUUCUUUGUCUCCUUCAUUUUCUUUUUCUUCUCUUUCUCUUUUACUCUUUCUUUAUCUCCUUCAUUUUCUUUUUCUUCUCUUUCUCUUUUACUUUUUCUUUGUCUCCUUCAUUUUCUAUUUCUUCUCUUUCUCUUUUCUUUUUCUUUGUCUCCAUCUUUUUUCUUCUCUUUCUUCAUUUUCUUUUCUAUUUUUCCUUCUCUUUCUUCAAUUUCUCGUUCUUUUUUCCUUGUUAUAUUUUUUUCUUGAUUUUCUUCUUCUAUUUCAUCUACAUCCUCGUCGUUUCAUACUUAUUUUCUUUUUAUUCCUUCCAUUCGUAUUGUAA